GAGAAGCAGAGGAACAGGAGACCAGGGGGACGACGCCUGACCUGACCCCGCUGAUCAGCGUCACCGCCUCUUCUUCGGAGCCCAAGCCCUACAGCAACCGAGACAGCAGCGCACCGCAACCGCAGUUCGCCACGCAGCAGAGGGUGCCACCGCCGCCUCGGGGGUUCGCUGGCGCGGCAAUGCCGACGCAGGGGGAAGGAGGCCUCGCCGCGUCGGCCGCAGCGCAUGCGCGGGCGGAGGCGGCGGCGCGGGCGCGCGCGGCGGAGCAGAUGGCGUUCGAGGACGCGUGGAAGGCCACCAACCCGGACUUCACGACGCCCUUCGCCUCCGUCGAGGACGCCGUCAGCAGGCUGCUUCCCUACCACGUCUUCGCGGACUACGAGGAGGAGGAGGACUGUGUCGACGGCGGCGGCGCAACCGCGACGGAGAAGUCUAGCGCGCAGGAGUGGGAGGAGGUCAUAGACGCCAAGACGAAGGACUUGAUCGCACAUUUCGAGAAGCAAGUGCUGACCUUCAACAUCAUUAACCGGGAGCGCGCGGAGGGCAUCGCCCGCGGCGAGGAGCGGCUCAUGCUGGAGAUGGCUCUGUACGAUGACGAGCGCCGGCAGGCAGAGCGCGUGCGCGCUGCCAUCGUGCAGGAGCAUCGGGAGCAGCAAGAGGCCGCGCGCAAGCGCCUGGCGCUUGCGCAGGCUCAGGCUCAGGCUCAGGCCGCAGGUGCAUGGCCACUGGUGCAGCCCUCCGCCGCCUGGCAGGCGCUCGCGGCGGCUGCGGCCGCCAGCGGCCAGGGGGGCUCCGGCGAGCAGGCGCUGGUACAGGCCUUGGUGAUGCAGCAGCAGCAGGAGAUGAUGACGGCCGGCACAUGGCAGGCGCUCGCCGCGGCGGCGUCGCGCGGCGAUGGGGGGGCAAGCGGGCAGGCGCUAGUACAGGCCGUAAUGAUGCAGCACAUGCAGCAGCAGCAGAAACAGAAGAUGAUAGCGGCGGCGUCGCGCGGCGAGGCGGCGACCGGUGGGCAGGCGUUGACACCGGCCGUGGUAAUGCAGCAGCAGCAUCAGGAGGAGGAGAUGAUGGGGGACGGCGCGUGGCGGCUGCAGCAGCUGGGUAGGCGGCAGGCUUACGUGGCGCCGUGCGCUGAUGGCAGCUCGAGCAGGCAGGCCGCGGCUGCGCCGCACCAGCCGGCGCAGGAGCAGGCGAGCGGCUCGGCCACCGGAAUGAUGAUGCCAUCGCCGUGGCGGGGUAGCGCGGAGAGAAGGGAGCAGUAGUGUUGCUUGGGCUUUGAGAUUCGUGCGACU